GUCGCAUCCGCCGAAGAGGGCAACAAACGGAGAGUUUCAAAGGAAAAAAGGGUUCUGCAAGGGUUUUUCCCUCUCAAAGAAAGUCUUGGCCAACUUCUGGAAAAUAAAGGCACAUCUUUGACUGAUUUAAAUGAUAAAAACGAUCGAAUUGUACAUGGAGAUUGGUUAAACUUAAUACAAAGGACUUCAGCUGGAAUCUGGCCACAUAUCGAUUUGUUCCAAAAACUGCAUAUUCGCCAAAGAGUGAGUGAGAGAGAGAGAGAGUGCGCUUGUGCUGAAAACGGUAUCGGAAAGGGGCGACAAGGAAGCGGAAACGGAAACAGCUGCUGCAUAAACAAGAAUAAAAGGGGAACUGUGUGUGUCCUAUUAACGCAUCAUGACGCCCGAACAGCAAGGAUAUCGCCCCUAAGAAAACCCAUACAAGUUCCUCAAGGAAGCCAUCAAGUGAAGAAACUUAACGAAGAAAUCAAAAUCAUAAAGAAACAUUAAAAGUAAACCCAUCAAAACGAACCCGCAAAGGAUUCAGUGCCAAAGGAGCCGGUGCGGCAGAAGCAGACGUAACAGCAGAGUAACUAAAUUGGGCCAACCGGUGAAGGCCCGCGAACGUCAGCUCUUCAGGAUUUUAAGGACCCAAAGCAGAGGCAACCCAAUGCAUUUGGGUGCACAACAACAACGCCCCAAGCAACAACAACAACAGCGCGAGCAACAAGAGAAACAUCAAAGGCGUUUCACGUUCAGUAAAGGACGGCAAUGUCGUCCCUACAGCGUGACUGGCAUUUACAGGGUUCCCGGGGAUCGGUAUACUGCGCGAGUGAACCGGACCCAGCUGGUGGAGUCCAGUACGAGUCGGGAGGGCGCCUUCUCGACACGAACCAGGUUGAGGGCACCGGCGGAGGAGGAGCAGGCGUGGAUGUUUCCGUCGGAGGCGUGGGCCUCGAGUGCGGCUCACUGUUCUCAGUGGUGUCGGCGCCACCGGCUCCACUGCCCGACAUCAUUGUGCCCACCGAGCUCGAUGUCAAGCACAUGGAGUCACUGGGCAUGCCCGCCGCCUUCCGGUCCGGAUGCUGCUCACCCAACGCCUCGCCAAUGCGUCGACCCGCCACCCUUAGCCUGGAUACCCAAUGCUGUCCCAGAACCCUGCACGCCAGCCUCUUGGAACACCAGAUCUCCGAACUGGAAGAGGACGACAAUGAAAACCUGCUGACCGUAUCCAGCAUCACGGCACGUCCGCUGAUCGCAAAAUCGCACGAGCUUCGCAGUAGUCGAAAGUCCGGUUCCGGUUCUGGAACAGGUUUAAAUACGGCACGGAGUAAGUGCGUCCGCAGGGCCAAGGAGCGAGAACGGGAAAGAGUUGCCCUACCGAAACGAAGCAAGCAGGUGGCCAAGGAUCGGGACUCCUCAACGACCACGACGGAAAGUGGUAAUGGCAAUGUGGAGCCACCGGAUGGUGGUUAUGGCUGGUUUAUCGUCUUCGGUGCGUUCUCCGUGCAGUUCUGGGUGGCCGGAUUGGUCAAGUCGUAUGGUGUGCUGUACGUUGAAAUCAUGGAGACGUUUCCCAGUUCCACGGCCACGGUGGCCUCCUGGAUUCCAGCGAUCCUAUCGGCUCUUUGCCUUGUCCUUGCUCCAUUGUCGAGUGCCCUGUGCCAGCGAUUCUCCUGCCGGGCAGUGGUCUUCGUCGGCGGCAUCUUCUGUGCUAUGGGCAUGAUACUCAGCUACUUUGCCACCAGUCUGCUGCACCUGCUUUUCACCUUUGGCAUACUUACAGGAAUUGGUGGAGGACUCUCGACAACUCCGGGCAUUGUAAUAGUGUCCCAGUACUUUGAUAAGCACCGUGCUCUGGCAAAUGGCAUCUGCGUUUCGGGCACCGCAGCUGGUAGCUUCAUCUUGCCCGUGCUGAUAAAGCACCUUGCGGAGAACUGUGGUUUCCAUGGCACCAUCCUCAUCCUGGGCGGCUGCAUGCUGCACGUCUGCGUCUCCGCUACCCUGUAUCGCCCAAUCAGUGCUUAUACGGAUCAGGACUCGGGGCAGGGGCAAGAGGAGACAGCGAAACCCCUCAACGAGGAUAUCAAUCCGAGUACCACGGGCAUACUGACCACAUCCACCUACCUGGACACCUGCGAGGUGGGUGCGGGUCAUGAGCUGAGCGACAAGUUCAUUGAGCAUCUCUUUCUGGAGGAGUCCAAGAACCACCUUAACUACUACGCCAGCAAGCAGCCAGCCCAGGACAAAUCAGCUCAGGAGAGCGACGACGAGGUGAAGGACAUUAUUGGUGAGACCACCUUCAUCAAGCCCAUGAAGAAGGUGCGCAGCUCCGGGCUACUGCACUCUGUGGAGGAUCUCAGCACGGAUUCCACAUGGGUGUACCGCAAACACUCCGGCACGGAUUCGAAUCGUGGAAGUCGUCGUCGGCGCAAUGUCUUUGCCAACGACGAAGUGAUCUCAAAGAUCCAAGCCCAUUUGGAGAAACCUCUGUCGCCACCGAGUGUGGUUAGUCGUGGUCUUAGUAAGAGCAUGGAGAUUCCCACCCCGGUGAGCAACCUUAGUGAUCUCAAGCAGCAGCCGACAGAGCAAGCGGAACACGUCAUCCUAGACUCCCAGCUGGUGGAGUCCAUAGAUAGCGACUGCCAUGGCGCCGUCGAUGACGAUGACGAAGAUGACGAGGAGCAGGGACCACGCACUUGCUGCGAACGCAUAGAGAUGUACCUGGAUAUAAGCCUACUACAGGAUCCGAGCUUCAUCCUGAUGUGCCUCUCCGUUACUCUUAUGUCCGUCGGAUGUCCCUAUAUGCUGUACUACCUGCCCGCACACGUUAUCUCGAUAGGUUACAAUAAAAGCGAAGCUGGAUACCUGGUAGCCAUUAGUGCGGUCCUGGAUUUAAUAGGACGAUUGGGACUCGGCUGGCUGUGUGACCUGCAGCUCUUUGAUCGCAAAAAGACCUAUACCUUGUGCAUUUUGGGGGCCGGAUGUGCUGUCUUAACGAUACCCUUCGCCAAGACCUUGAUUCUGGUUGGUCUUUCGGCUGCUGUCUACGGUCUUUGCCUGGGCAGUUGGUAUGUCCUGAUGCCCGUUCUUCUGGCAGAUGUAUUUGGAACGGACAGGAUUAGCUCAAGCUAUGGGCUAGUAAGAAUGUUCCAGAGCAUCGGUGCCAUUUCAGUGCCCCCGUUGGCGGGACUGAUGCGAGAUCUCUCCGGGGACUAUGAGAUCUGUUUCUAUUGCAUGGGAUCCUGUAUGGUGCUAGGCUGCACUCCGCUGGUAGUGUGGUCCAUACUGGAGGCCCGCAACCAUCGGUUGUUUGUACAUCGCGAGGAGGAGGACUGCGAGGAGGCCUAGGAAUAGGUGGUUGCUAAUUAGUUGGUUGCCCCCAUAAGUUAAUCGUGUUUUAGUAGCGAUCAAAUACUAGUUGAGUUCCUGAGUUUCAGAGUUCGAAUGCCUCACCGAUAUUGCUGAUUCUACCAGUUACUAUUAAUACUAUCCGAACGUUCUCAUCCCUUUAACCAGUCUUAACCAAUCCAUGCCCACUCGCACCCAAACGCUUGUUAUCCUUUGGUUGAGCAACAGCAAAAGGAUGUGUGAGAGGAGAUUCAAACGAAGAAACCAAAAUGUAAAACAACCAACCAACAACUGAGCACCAAAAGUUGCGCAAAAAGAACUGAGUUUAAAAGACAUGAACUACAAAUACCCAUAUAUAACUUUAUAAUAUGAUAGUUACGAUCCAUGCCCGAUUAGAUGGUUAUAUAGGCCGACUAUAGAUCUAGGUUCGCAUGCCCAUAUCAGAACGAACUCAAACGUGGUGCAGGAAAAUAAGAAGAGGCUAUAGCAAGAUCGGUGGCUUGACUUAAGAACAUCGCAUUACAUUACCCUAGACUUAAAUUAGUUGUUGUGAGACAUUUACCCAAAAAAAGGAAUUACAAAAUAAACACCAAAUCAAGA